AUGGCUGCCACCACUGAUCGAGGUUCUGCACCCAGAGAGAACAACCAAGGGUGGAAGAUACAGCCAAAUGACUUCAAAAGAAAUUAUCAGCCUGGCCGACGUCCAAAUGUGGUGUACCUGCUAUAUGAAAUCAGGUGGAGAAGAGGUACCAUCUGGAGGAACUGGUGCUCGAACGAGUUUCCCCAACAUGCUGAAGACAACUUCUUCCAAAAUCGUUUCAAUGCCGUGCCAUCAGUUUCUUGCUCCAUCACCUGGUUCCUAUCUACUACCCCCUGUGGCAGAUGUUCCAAAAGAAUUCUGGAGUUCCUGAGGUUACAUCCCAAUGUGACUUUGAAAAUAUAUGCAGCCAGACUGUUCAGGCACCUGGAUAACCGUAACCGUCAAGGUCUUAGGAAGCUGGCAAGCAAUGGAGUCAUUAUACAAAUUAUGGGUCUUCCAGAUUACAGUUACAGCUGGAAAAAAUUUGUUGCAUACCAAUAUGAAGAAGAUGAUUAUUGUCCUGAGAGCUUUGUUCCAUACAUCGUUCUGCAUCAGAUAGAGCUCUACCGUAUCCUUUUGGUGAGUAGGUACUUGAAAAAAACUCUGAGAAUGAAAAAUAAUGUAAAACUCCUAGGAAAAGGACUUUUGAAGGAUCCUGGUAAUGGUGUUACCAGAAAUGAUAGCAGGAAAAACAAGCAUCAUCUCGAUGCUGCAUGA